UGUGUGUGUAUAUGUAUAUAUGUAUGUAUGUGUGUGUGUGUGUGUAUGUAUGUGUGUGUGUGUGUGUGUGUGUAUGUACAUGUGUGUGUAUGUAUGUGUGUAUUGUUACGGGCGCACGGACACCACCCUUAACAUAAAGGAGAGACGCACACAGAUCAGCUUGUUUCAAAGGUGGUGCAGUUGAUCAGCACAGGGAUUUUACCAUUUGCCAAUUUCAUACCCAAAGAGUUCGUCGCUGGUAUCAUGAGCUUGCUCAAUAAAGGAUCGAUUCACUCCCAGUCAUCAUCAUUCACAGAAGCUGAAAUGGACAUCUGUAUGCGGGAGGAGUUCUCCAAGGCGUGUUUCGAGACGCUCCUGCAGUUCUCCUUCAGUAGUAAGGAGUCGAUGUCGCAGGAGGGCUUCAUCUCACGCAUGGCUCUGUCUGCGCUGCUGCAGCGGGUGCAGGACGUGCUCCAGAGAUACGUGGAGGACCAGAGACUGCUGCCCAGGCAACAAGUGACUGAGAUCAUCUUGGUGUUAAAAGCCCUCAGCACUCUCAUGGAUUCCCUGAAGAAGACUCAACCAGAGAACAGUGAGACGGUGAAUGGGAGCGUGUGGGCUCAGGUGAUCGCGCUCUACCCGACGCUUGUGGAGUGCAUCACCUGCUCGUCUCCUGAAGUAAGCUCCGCCCUCUAAGAGGCCCUGGGGCCCUUUAAAGACUUCAUGCAAGUGCC